CCCUGAGAGGCGUUGCCCAAUGACGCGUCUCUGUUAUAAAAUAUUAUUUUGCACGUGCGAGGUGGAUUUUGCAGCGUUUUUAAGGCACGUUUUUCGCAUCCGUUGUGUUUCAGAUGUAAAAAGAUUUUCCGUAAUUAUGCCUGCGAAGAAGAGGAACCUGAAGCGCAAAGGAGAGCCGCUGAAAGGUCCGGAGAAGCUCUCACCAGGCCGGGGAGCGGGCAGAGGAGCGGGCUGGCUGCAGGGGAAAGUGGCGGAGAUCCGGAGAAACUCCGCUGAGUGUAAAUUCAACAUGAAGCGCCUCCGGUUCCUGACUGAUGCCCAGAAAGUGCGGCAGGGCUGCGGGGCGGUGCUUUACUGGAUGGCCCGGGAUCAGAGAGUGCAGGAUAACUGGGCACUGGUUUAUGCUCAGCAGCUCGCUCUGGAAGAGAAUUUGCCUCUACAUGUGUGUUUCUGCCUCGUGCCACAGUAUUUAGAGUGGACGUAUCGCCAGUACGCCUUCGCGCUCAGGGGACUGCAGGAAGUGGCCAAGGAGUGUACAAGUCUCAAUAUUCAGUUCCACCUCCUGAGAGGCGAGCCUGAGCUGACACUACCCGGUUUUGUGAAACACUGGGACAUUGGCGCUGUCGUGACUGAUUUUAACCCUCUGAGACUUCCACUGCAGUGGACUGAACAUGUGAAAAAGGAGCUUCCAUCCGAUGUCCCCUUCAUUCAGGUCGACGCCCAUAACGUGGUGCCAUGCUGGGAGGCAUCGAAUAAACUGGAGUAUGCAGCGAGAACCAUCCGAGGGAAAAUCACCAAACUCCUCCCGGAGUUCCUCAUGGAGUUUCCUCCAGUGGACAUGCACCCUCACCUGUCCACCAAAACGGCAAAGAAAGUGGAUUGGGAGGAAGUGAUGUCAUCACUGGAGGUAGACCGCAGUGUUGGGGAGGUUUUGUGGGCGAAGCCGGGAACGACGGAAGGCAUCGCCAUGCUCGAGUCGUUUAUAGACCAGCGGCUGCGUCUUUUUGCCACCGAGAGGAACAACCCGAACGCCAAUGCGCUCAGCCAGCUCUCACCGUGGAUCCACUCGGGUCAGAUAUCAGCUCAGCGUGUGCUUUUGGAGGUGCGGCGUUGGGGGAAACGCUUGACCGAGUCUGUGUCCUCCUUCACUGAGGAGCUGUUAGUGCGCAGAGAGCUGUCUGAUAACUUCUGCUUCUACAACGACAACUACGACAACAUCAAUGGUGCGUAUGACUGGGCGAAGAAGACGCUGCAGGAUCAUGCUAAAGAUGCUCGGCCUUAUCUAUACACACGAGAGCAACUGGAAAACGCAGACACAUACGACCAGCUAUGGAACGCUGCACAGAGGCAGAUCGUCUUGGAGGGGAAGAUGCACGGUUUCAUGCGCAUGUACUGGGCUAAGAAGAUCCUGGAGUGGACGGCUUCACCUGAGGAGGCGGUGAACAUCUCCAUCUACCUCAACGAUCGCUACGCGCUGGACGGCUGUGACCCAAAUGGAUACGUGGGUUGCAUGUGGUCCAUCUGCGGGAUUCAUGAUCAGGGCUGGGCCGAGCGGCCCGUUUUCGGUAAAAUACGCUACAUGAACUACGCAGGCUGCAAGCGCAAGUUUGAUGUGGGUCAAUUUGAGAGGAAGUACGCUGGGAAGAAGUCCUGAGAGAGAGAGAGAGACACACACACACAGGGUGUUUUUUUUUUUCUUCCACACAUCUUCAUUAGGGCUUUUAGAAGAUUUGUGUUCCAGUUGCUCUGUUGCUUACCCACAUACCACACUCUGUCAUUUUGAGUCAUUUGGAGUUUUACAUUGCUAGAAGUCUCAGCUUUCUGCUAAAACUGGCAGGGCGUGUCUAUAAAACCCUUUGUAUUAACAUUCUUUGUUAAACAUCAUGAAAAGGGUUCAAGUUAAUUUCUCUAGAAAUAGAAAAUCUAAUUAAGUGAGAUGUUUCUGACGGUUUGUGUAGCUGUAACUGGAUCAGUGUGAUUAAAAUAUAUUUGUGUUACAGUUCAUACUAGCACUUUCUAAUAUUACCUGUAAGUCUAAGCAUAGAAUAACUUUCAUACGUAUAGCAUGCAUAAAUAAAAAAAAUAAUAAAAUACUCAUUUAGAGUCAUUUAAUACAUAGAUUUAGGGAUUUUUAUGGAACAGUUGUUUCAUUUUCUUCUUGUUUAAUAGACGAUAGUGGAUAAACUUUGAUAAAAUGUAAAAAACAACUUUAAUAAAAUGCAAACUUUUGACUGUCAUCAUAUAUAUCCAUACCUAAAUGUCUUUGUACUUUUCUAAUAAAUUUGUCACACUACUUUGUGAUGUA